GCCUGGACCUGUCCUUGCCCUCCUCUGCCUCCUGGCUGGCUCUCUCCAGAAGGAACCGACAUCGGAAUGAGGCCUUCAGUACUGUUCGCUGUCUUCCUCUGGAUCCAGGGCUUCUUGGCCCAGGAUGAUGAGUGUCACACCCUGGCAAGGAGCCCAGACAGAGAGCGUGGAGCCCCAUCAACUGUCUGCAACCUGCAGCUCCAUAGCUCUGGGAGCCCAUCCAGCCUCGAGGCCUCAUGGGAUGCUGCCCCCGGGGCGCAGGAUGGCUACCAGCUUCUCCUCUACCACCUAGAAUCCCAGACAUUGGCACAUAACAUCUCCCUGCCGCCAGGCAGCCUGUCCUGCAAUUUUAGCAACCUCCUACCAGGUAGUGAGUAUGUUCUGGAGGUUACCUCCUGGGCUGGCAACCUCCAGGCGAAGACCAGCGCCCACCAGUGGACAGCCCCCGUGUCUCCCCACCAGCUGGCGCUGCAUAGCCUGGGUACCAGUGCCCUGCAAGCUGCCUGGAACGGUUCUGAAGGGGCAGCCUGGUUCCACCUCAUGCUCACAAACCUCUUGGAGGGCACCAGCCUGACUGCAGUAGUCAGACGGGGGGUCUCCAAUCACACAUUCCUUCACCUCUCUCCGGGCACCCCCUAUGAGCUGACGCUCAGUGCUGUUGCUGGGCCCCAACAGGCAGCAGGGCCCAACGUCACCGAGUGGACCUAUCCUUCUGUGCCCCUGGACCUGGUGCUCAUUCCCCUGCCCUUGGAACUCUGGGCAAGCUGGAAGGUGGGGCCUGGUGCCCGGGAUGGCUACCUGCUCAGGCUAAGUGGGCAGGUGGAAAAGACCGCCACACUGGGCCCUGGAGCCCUCAAUGCCACAUUCUCAGGGCCCCUGCCCACUGGACCCUACACACUGGAGCUGGGGGUCCUGGCUGGGCCCUAUGAUGCCUGGGCCCGGGCCAGUGCCUGGCUCAACGAUUCUGCUGCCCAGCCCAGACAAAGCAAUGAUACCGCGCUGCAGCUGGAUGGGCUGACGGCCACCAGGGAACCCAGGAGGCAGGCACUGCCCUACACUGAGGGAACCCCCGGCCUCCUUGGAAACAGCUCCGUGCCAUCUGCUACCAUGCAGGUCGCUUUGCAUGAGCUGGGGCCUGGGGUGGACAUUGGCUCCUCUCUGAGAAACACUACCCAGAGCCCCACAGGCCAUACAAAGCUGCUGGCACCACAGUCACUGGACGUCACUGGCAGGGGCAGCCCCUCUGACCUGACCAUUGGUUGGGCCCCAGCUCCAGGGGGGCAGGAAGGCUACAGGGUCACCUGGCAUUUGGAGGGCAGCCAGAGGUCACCAGGCAGUCUUAUCGACUUGGGACCCGACGAUUCCAGCCUGACUCUGAGGGGUCUGGUGCCCGGCUCCUGCUACACUGUGUCAGUGUGGACCUGGGCAGGGAACCUCAGCUCCCCCGUCCAGAAGACUCGUGCCUGCACCCUCCCUGCUCCUCCUGCCAACUUGAGCCUGGGCCUUGCCACCCAGCCUCCUGCCCUGACUGCCUCCUGGAGUGCCCCGCUGGGGGGCAGGGAUGGCUUCCAACUGUGGCUUUACCGCCUGAGGCCCCUGACUCUGGAAAACAAGGAGGCUCUGGCUCCUGAGGUCCGGAACUUCUCCUGGACCCAGCUGCCCCCAGGCACCGAGUUCCUGGUUCAGCUGGCCACCUCGCGGGGCCCCGAUGAGAGCAGCAGCGCCAAUGCCACCGGCUGGACGCCCCCCCUCGCCCCUCCUCUGGUAAAUGUGACCCCUGAAGGUCCCACCCAGCUCCGAGCAUCCUGGGUGCAUGCUCCCGGGGCGCGAGACGGCUACCAGGUGACUCUGUACCAGGCGGGUGCCCAGGCAGCAGCCAGCACCGUGGGAGCUGAGGUGGACAGCACAAGCUUCUCAGCCCUGACCCCAGGCACUCAGUACGAGGUGGAGAUCGUGUCGCAGGCUGGGCCUCUCCGCACCGCAGCCGCCAACGCCUCUGGCUGGACCUUCCCGCUCAUGCCCAAUGAGCUGUUGGUGUCGAUGCAGGCGGGCAGUGCUGUAAUCAACCUGGCCUGGGCCAGUGGCCCCUUGGGGCAGGGGGUGUGCCAUGCCCAACUCUCAGAGGCAAGACACCUCUCCUGGGAGCAACCCCUGGCGCUCGGCCAAGCCCGUCUCGUUCUAAGGGACCUCACACCUGGACGCUCUCUCUCCCUGUCGGUGCUGUGCCAGGCGGGGCCACUCCAGGCAUCCACUCACCCCGUGGUGCUGCCUGUUGAGCCUGGCCCCGUGAAAGAUGUGCAGUGCCGGCCCGAGGCCACUCGCCUGGCCCUGCACUGGAUGGUGCCCUCGGGGGACGUGGACACCUGUCUGGUGGUGGCAGAGCAUCUGGCUGCUGGAGGGCACGCUCAUGUCAUCUUCCAGGCCAACACGUCUGGGGACGCCCUCCUGUUGCCCGGCCUGCUGCCUGCCACUUCCUAUCGCAUCAGUCUCACCGUGCUGGGCAGGAAUGGUCUGUGGAGCCGUGUGGUCACGCUGCUGUGUGCCACUUCUGCAGAGGGCUGGCACGCCCCAGACUUAGUGACAGCCCCCCAGCUGGAGCCCGAGGCGGGGAUGGGUGUGAUGAUCACACGGGGUAUGUUUGGCCAGGACGACGGGCAGAUCCAGUGGUAUGGCAUCAUUGCCUCCACCAACAUGUCACUGGUGCGGCCGCCCCAGGAAGCCAUCAACCGCACGUGGUAUGACCACUACUAUGGAGGACAUGACUCGUACCUGGCCAUCCUGCUUCCCAACCCCUUCUACCCAGGGCCCUGGGCUCUGCCGAGAUCCUGGAUGGUGCCUAUGGGUACAGAGGACUGUGGCCAGUCCCAGGAGAUAUGUAAUGGGCCACUCAAGCCAGAUUCUCAGUAUCGGUUCAGUGUUGUGGCCUUUACCAGAUACAGCCCUCUGGAGACCAUUAUCUCCUUCUCUGCCUUCUCAGAGCCCCGGGCCAGUGUCUCUGCAGCAGCCAUGCCCCUCCCAGCGGCAGUGGGCAUCAUGAUGGGCUGUGUCCUCACUGUCUGUGCCCUGCUGGGCCUGCUGUGCUGGAGGAGGGUGAAGGGGCAGAAGGCAGAGAAGAAUCGGUUUUCCCAAGAGCUGACCGCUUACAACCUGCGGCGGACCCACCGACCGAUCCCAAUUCAAAGCUUCCAGCAGAGCUUUGAGGCCAAGAGCGCCCAUGCUCACCAGGCGUUCUUUCAGGAGUUUGAGGAGCUGAAGGAGGUAGGCAAGGAGCAGCCCAGGCUGGAGGCUGAGCACCCUGCCAAUGCCUCCAAGAACCGUUACCCGCAUGUGCUACCCUAUGAUCACUCCCGGGUCAGGCUGACUCAGCUGGAGGGAGAGCCCCACUCCGACUACAUCAAUGCCAACUUCAUCCCGGGCUACACGCACCCGCAGGAAUUUAUUGCCACCCAGGGGCCUCUCAAGAAAACUCUGGAGGACUUCUGGAGGCUUGUGUGGGAGCAACAGGUCCAAAUCAUUGUCAUGCUGACUGUGGGCAUGGAGAACGGGAGGGUGCUGUGUGAACAUUACUGGCCAGCAGACCUUACCCCCGUCACCCAUGGUCACAUCACAGUCCACCUGCUGGCUGAGGAGCCCGAGGAAGAGUGGACCCAGAGGGAAUUCCAGCUGCAGCACAUUGCCCAGCAACAGCAGCGGAGGGUGAAGCAGCUGCAGUUCACCACCUGGCCUGACCACAGUGUCCCUGAGGCCCCCAACUCCCUGCUCACCUUUGUGGAAUUGGUGCGGGAGCAGGCACGGGCCACCCAGGGCACCAGCCCGGUCCUGGUGCACUGCAGUGCGGGUGUGGGGCGCACGGGCACCUUCGUGGCCCUGUCAAGGCUGCUGCAGCAGCUGGAGGAGGAACAGGCGGUAGACGUGUUCAACGCGGUGUAUGCGCUGCGGCUGUACCGGCCCCUCAUGAUCCAGACCCCGAGCCAAUACAUCUUCCUGCACAGCUGCCUCCUGAACAGGAUUCUGGAAGGGCCCUCGGACACCCCUGAGUCCCAGCCCGUCUCGGUGACGAACUUUGCACAGGCCUGCGCCAAGAGGGCGGCCAAUGCCAACGCCGGCUUCUUGAAAGAGUACAAGCUCCUGCUCCAGGCCAUCAAGGACGAGGCUGACUCUUUCGCGCCCCCUCCUGGCCAUGAGCAGCACAGCACAGUCUCCUAUGACUCUUCUCAAGUGCGGUCUUCUCCGAUGGAGGAAAGCCCCCCCAGUGAGAUGCUCGAAGCCUGGCUCUUCCCAGGUGGGCCCUCUGGCCACGACCACGUUGUGCUGACUGGCCCUGCAGGGCCCGAGGAGCUCUGGGAGCUGGUGUGGGAGCACGGGGCCCAUGUGCUGGUCUCCCUGUCCCCGCCUGACACCGGGGAGAAGGAGUUCUGGCCAACGGAGAAGCAGCCCGUUGUCAUGGACAUGGUGACAGUGCACUGGGUGGCUGAGAGCAGCGCUGCAGGCUGGCCCUGUACCCUCCUGAGGGUCACACAUGGGGAGAGCAGUAAGGAGAGGCAGGUGCAGAGGCUACUGUUUCCGUGCUGGGAGCCAGGGCAGGAGCUCCCUGCCACCACCCUGUUGCCCUUCUUGACUGCCGUGGGCCGGUGCUGCUUUCGGGACACGAUGAAGCCAGGCACACUGCUCAGCCACUCCAGCAAGGGUGUGGCUCACCUGGGCACCUUCCUGGCGAUGGACCAGCUGCUGCAGCAGGCGGGGGCUGAGCGCACUGUGGACAUCUUUAGCGUGGCCUUGCAGCAGUCACAGGCCUGUGGCCUCAUGACCCCAACGCUGGAGCAGUAUAUCUACCUCUACAACUGUCUGAACAGCGCGCUCACGGAUGGGCUGCCAUGAGUCGGCACCAGUCACUGUGCUGUAUGGGAGCAGAAGACGCCUGUGUCCUGCUGGGCAGUGACCAUCAGCCUCAGCAAGCCCACUGGGGCCCAGUUUCGCUGGGAGGGCCCCUUGCACACUGGGCCCUGUGUCGUCCCUGUGUCGUGAAGGGGAAGGGAUGAGCAAUAAAGAAUGUGCUCCAGCCUGA